AUGAACGCCGCGACGGAUUUCUACCGAUCGCAGGUUGGCGGCACAGGUGUCAUCAACUACAGCUACACCGAUUUCCCUUGGCGCUUGUUCCUCAAAGAUGUCUACUAUUUUUUUGUGUACUGCUGGGCGCUGCCGUGGGUAGUCCUACCUCUCACCCCCGCCGACUCGGGCGACCUGGACGAGCUCUACCCCAGCUGGGCCAACCUGUGGUGCCUCGCCGUUCACUCCGUUCUGAUCCUCCUCCAGCUCAUCUUCAUUCUUGGUCUGUUUGUCGCUGUUCUAUUUCCAGUCUGGGUCGGCGCGCUCUUUGCUGGCGGCUGCCUGUUCCUCAAUUGGCUCCUCUGCCUUCUUUUGAAUGGUAAAGGUAUCACAUUUCACUCAGACGAGAAGUAUGCCAAGGCACUGCCAGAGCAUGAGCAUGAGCAAUGGAUUUUCCUGAAUGGCGUUGCUGCCGGGGAGCAUUGGAUGAAGAAUAACCUGAACCGACUUGCCAUUACCUUCGGUCGACCGAUCCUUGGCGUCCAUAACCGCACCUCUGGAAUAAUAUUCGACGUUAUCGAGUGCCUCGUCCAACGCAACUUUUCCUAUGCCACCAACGACGUUCGCGUUUGCUACAAAAUUAUUCGAGAUGUACUUUACGACCCGUCGAAGACCAAGGUCAUCUUCAUUCUACAUUCGCAAGGUGGAAUCGAGGGUGGUCUAGUGCUGGACUGGCUUCUCCAAGAGAUGCCUCAAGAUCUCUUGUCCAAGCUGGAAGUGUACACGUUUGGCAACGCCGCGAACCAUUUCAAUAAUCCGCAUCGCCAUGCCGAGUCGCAGGCCCUGACGAUCAAGAAGCCUCGGGAGGCUCUCGCGACAUUGGUAACGGAAACCAGCUUCUCCGGUAUGCACGUUGAUGCCUUGAUAGAUACCGGCGACGGCAAGUACCCGUCGCUCGUCACACAGUCCUCGAGCAUGUCUACGUCAUCUCGGAGCUGGAAUGCGGCACAGGACCGUGCCAUCGGAUACAUCGAGCAUUUCGCGCACACCACAGACUUUGUUGCUAUGUGGGGUGUUUUGCACUUUGCGACAAAUAGGAUGGGCUCGCCGCAACUGCCGAGAUUCAUGGGACGUCUCUUCAGUCGGUCUACUAGACGAGGUGGCCAUCAAUUUAACCAGCAUUAUAUGGAUGGUAUGUUUCCGCUGCAAAGGGAUGCGGAGACCGGAGAGUUUAUCGGCGCGGCGGAAGAAAACGAAUUCAUGGAGGAGACGAUCAAAGUCGGUAAGGAAGGCGCCGCCAUGGACAACACGCGCGAAGCUUUCGACAUUACGUACAUGGGGACUAUGGGAUUCGGAAGCGGCGACAUUACGACACCCGUGGAAGUGCAUGGGGCUCCUAACAAGAAGCAGUUGGUGCAUGAAUACAAGGUCAAGGACGUUUGCCGGCUUUGGAGCUACAGAAAUGGGCGUAGCCCGCAUGACACGACGGCGGUGACCGGGGUUGAAGCAACCAUGGCACGCACCGCCACUAUUUAG